GGGAGCGGAACACUCCUUUAGAAGCCUUUGUUUCGAUUCGGAGAAAAUACGGGGAGGGACCUGACGGACGGCAAGCUUUUCUUCGCGCCAUGGAGGCAGUCGGAGGGGUAUUCCCGUUCCGCGACGUCCGCUGGGACCCGGACCCGAUGCUGGAAGCUCACCCGGCGGUGCGGAUGCCGGUUCCGGUUCCUCUGGUACUGGAUAACGGUUCGUUCCAGCUGCGUUUGGGCUGGGCCUGCCCGCAAGCUGCGGUGCCUGGCGAGCCCUUGCUCCAAUUCCGCUCCUUAGUUGCUCGAAGCCGUGGUGCUCGCGGCGGCGCUGGCCCGGAAACCCAGGUGGGUAACGAUGUGGGCAGCCCCGAGCCCCUCCGAUGGCUCCUCCGCUCGCCUUUUGACCGCAACGUGCCCGUUCAGAUGGAGUUGCAGGAGCAGCUCUUUGAUCACGGCUUCCAGCGCCUGGGCGUCUCCUCGCAGGGCUGUGUUGACCAUCCAAUUGUGAUAACAGAGGCUGUUUGCAACCCUCUCUAUUCAAGGCAAAUGAUGUCAGAGCUCCUGUUUGAAUGUUACCAGGUUCCAAAGGUUUCUUAUGGUGUGGACAGCUUGUACAGUUUCUAUCAUAACAAAAGGCAAGGCUGGCCUUGCAGUGGUCUCAUCGUUUCUUCUGGAUACCAGUGUACUCAUAUUUUACCAGUCUUAGAUGGCAGGUUAGAUGCACGAAACUGUAAGCGAAUAAAUCUUGGAGGAGGCCAAGCGGCCCUUUAUCUCCAGCGUCUCCUGCAAUUGAAAUAUCCAGGGCAUUUUGGUGCCAUCACGCUUAGCCGUGUGGAAGAAAUACUCCAUGAGCACAGCUAUAUCGCGGAAGAUUAUAAAGAAGAGAUGCAAAAGUGGCGAUCACCUGAAUACUAUGAGAACAAUGUGCAUAAGAUGCAGUUGCCUUUUUCAAAUAAGCUCCUCGGGAGUACUAUCACGUCUGAGGAGAAGCAAGAGCGACGGCAGCAACAACUUCGACGGCUUCAGGAACUUAAUGCUCGCCGUCGAGAAGAAAAGCUUCAGCUAGAUCAGGAGAGACUGGAGAGGCUUCUUUAUGUUCAGGAAUUGCUAGAAGAUGGUCAGGUGGAUCAGUUUCACAAAGCUUUGGUGGAACUGAACAUGGACUCCGCUGAGGAACUGCAGUCUUAUAUCCACAAGCUAAGUUUGGCCAUUGAGCAAACUAAGCAGAAAAUCCUCCAGGCAGAAGUUAGUGUUGAAGUGGAUGUUGUGGACAGCAAGCCAGAGAUUCCUGAGCUUGAUCCAUUGGGCAGUGAACAAUCCAUGGAAGAUGUAGAAAGUAUUAAUGAUUUUGAGCCUUUAUUUGCUGAGGAGCAACCUGAAGUUGAAAAACCAGUUACUACAGUACAGCCCGUGUUUAAUCUGGCAGAAUAUCAUCAGCUCUUUCUUGGCACAGAGAGAAUCCGAGUUCCUGAAAUUGUCUUUCAGCCAUCCCUAAUAGGAGAAGAACAGGCUGGGCUUGCAGAAACCAUGCAGUUCGUCCUGGACAGAUAUUCAAAAGAUCAGCAGGAAAAGCUUGUCCAGAAUGUCUUCCUCACUGGUGGAAAUGUGAUGUAUCCUGGAAUGAAAGCUAGAAUCCAGAAAGAAUUGCUUGAAAUGAGGCCAUUCCAAUCAUCCUUUCAGGUGCAUCUUGCUUCUAAUCCUGUUCUUGAUGCAUGGUAUGGAGCUCGGGACUGGGCACUGGAGUACAUGAACCGUGAAGAAGGCUGGAUAAUUAGGAAAGAUUACGAAGAGAAAGGUGGAGAAUACCUUAAGGAACACUGCGCUUCCAAUGUCUAUGUGCCUAUCCGUCUCCCAAAGCAGGCUCCACGGACUGCUGAAAUGUCAGCAUCAAGUAAAGUGCCAGGGACUGCCACAAACAGCAUCUCUGAGCAAACGUGAUAGGUAUAUUAUUUUUGGAUGAAGGUGGUUGUUUUCCAGAACUACAAGACAGUCUACAGAAUUGGAUGUGCAUUUCAAAGACAUGUAUUGGGCAUCUCAGUCAAGGUACUUCUAUGUCUAAAAAAAGCAGCUAUACUUUUUUUUCCUAUAGCAGAAAAUGUUGGGUGUCCUAUGUUUGUGGUUGCCAUGGGAAAAAAGGACUCCAGUACAUCAGUUCUUGGUGUAAAAGAAACAAAAUAAAUAUUUCAGAGAAAAUGCUUAUUAGCUUAAUUGAAUCAAACAUAUAAUGUGUUUUCUAUUAAUAAAUUGUUGCCAAGGCUGUUGGUAACAU